UACCGGCUGCAAGUCUUUUUUUCGCAAAUUAUUCAAUUUCGGCUGGCAGGCAACAAGUUUAUAUUUGUUAGGCGAAAGUUUUAGUUUUUGUUGUAAUUUAAUUUUGUUAAUAAUUCUAUUUUAGUUUAUUUUUUUGAUUUCUAAAAUCAACUUUCAAGACCAAGGAGUUAACACUUGCUUGGUACAACGAUCCGAAUUAUCCAAAAAAAAAGAGAAGAAAAUAAAUCAAGUGUUUCCAAUCAAAAAUGUCGGCUACACGUAUUCUUGGGGCAGUGGGACAACUCUCUAGAAGGCAAUUUAUGCAAAACAGAUGCAAUAAUCGCUUUAUCAGCCAAAACAUCCGCAUGAUGUCUGCCGCCGCCGCUGCUCAACAGAAAAAUCUUCGCACCAAAGUUGUCGAUGGUGUCCUCGUUGUCACAUUGGACACACCCGGUGCCAAGGUCAAUUCUUUGGGUGAAAAUCUUAGCCAAGAAUUCGAGCAAGUCUUGAAGGAAUUGGAAAGCAAUGCCCAAGUCAAUUCCGCCGUUUUGAUUUCAGCCAAACCUGGCUGCUUUGUGGCCGGUGCUGAUAUUGGCAUGUUGGAGAAAUGCCAGACCGCCGCUGAGGCCACAAAAAUCUCACAGGAGGCCCAAUGGAUGUUCGAGCGCAUGGAACGUAGUCGCAAACCCAUUGUUGCCGCCAUCAAUGGCGUUUGCUUGGGUGGUGGUUUAGAAUUGGCCUUGGCCUGCCACUAUCGCAUUGCCACCAAAGACAAGAAGACCAAAUUGGGUUUGCCUGAGGUGAUGUUGGGUCUUUUGCCCGGUGGUGGUGGCACCGUACGUUUGCCAAAAUUGACUGGUGUGCCCACAGCUUUGGAUAUGGAAUUAACGGGCAAACAAUUGCCUGCCGAGAGAGCCAAACGUGCUGGUAUUGUCGAUUUGUUAGUUAGUCCAUUGGGUCCUGGUUUGGGACCGGCUGACCAACAGACCAUUGACUAUCUGGAAAAGGUAGCUGUGCAAGUGGCCAAUGACAUUGUUAGCGGUAAAAUUAAGAUUAACCGCGAAAAGAGUGGCUUGGUCAACAAACUCACAGCCAUGGUUAUGGACACCGAUUUUGUGAAGAACAAAAUUUUCGAUACUGCCCGCAAACAGGUUAUGAAAAUGACCAAUGGUCUCUAUCCUGCUCCAUUGAAAAUCCUCGAUGUUAUUCGCACGGGUGUGGACAAAGGAUCUGAGGCUGGUUAUGCCGCUGAACGUGAAGGUUUUGGCUAUCUCUCGGCCACGCCCGAAUCCAAGGGUUUGAUUGCUUUGUUCCGUGGACAAACUGAGUGUAAGAAGAAUCGUUUCGGCAAGCCCGAAAAAGAAGUCAAGACAUUGGGUGUCUUGGGUGCUGGCCUUAUGGGUGCCGGUAUUGUCCAGGUUACCGUCGACAAGGGUGUUAAGGUCGUGAUGAAAGAUGCCACCGAAGCCGGUUUGUCACGUGGUAUUGGCCAAGUGCAAAAGGGUUUGGAAACCGCAGUGAAACGUAAACGUAUCUCGGGUUUGGAACGUGACAAGACUCUGUCCAACUUGGUACCCACAUUGGAUUAUAAUGAAUUUAAAAAUGCCGAUAUGGUUAUUGAGGCUGUCUUUGAAGAUAUUAAGAUCAAGCACCGUGUCAUCCAGGAAUUGGAGGCUGUAGUACCCAAACAUUGUGUCAUUGCCACCAACACCAGUGCCAUUCCUAUUACCAAAAUUGCUGCCGGUAGCUCUCGCCCCGAAAAGGUUGUGGGUAUGCACUACUUCUCGCCUGUUGACAAAAUGCAGUUGUUGGAAAUUAUUACCCAUCCUGGUACUUCACAAGAUACCAUUGCCUCGGCUGUUGCCAUGGGUCUGAAACAGGGUAAGGUGGUUAUCACUGUGGGUGAUGGACCUGGUUUCUAUACUACUCGCAUUUUGGCCACCAUGUUGUCCGAAGCCAUACGUCUCCUCCAAGAAGGUGUGGAUCCCAAGGAAUUGGAUGCUUUGUCCAAGAAAUUCGGUUUCCCUGUUGGUGCUGCCACCCUGGCCGAUGAAGUCGGCAUUGAUGUUGGCUCCCACAUUGCCGUGGAUUUGUCGAAGUCGUUUGGUGAACGUUUCAGCGGCGGCAACUUGUCUGUUAUGCAAGACAUGGUUUUGGCUGGUUUCCUUGGACGUAAAUCAGGCAAGGGUAUCUUCAUGUAUGACAGCCAAACCAAAGGUAGCCGUCCAGUCAACAUUGAGGCCUUGGAAAUUUUGAAGCAAAAGUAUGCCUUGGUCUCCAAGGGUGCCAAUACCCCCGAAGACAUGACUUUGCGUAUGGUUUCACGUUUCGUCAACGAAGCUGUCCUCUGUUUGGAAGAGAAAAUCUUGCACAACCCCUUGGAGGGUGAUGUUGGUGCCGUUUUCGGUCUUGGUUUCCCACCAUUCAGCGGUGGUCCCUUCCGUUGGGUAGAUCACUUCACUGCCACCAAAUUGGUUGACAAAAUGAAUUCGUAUGCUGACCUCUAUGGCGCCCCCUUCAAACCUGCCCAAACUUUGGUUGAUAUGGCCAAGGAUCCAUCCAAGAAAUUCUAUCCUCAAAAUACUGGAGCCAAUGCCAGCUCGAAACUGUAAACUAAGGUUACUAGGUUACUUAUUCUUUUUUGCUAAGUUUAAACAAAAAGUCGCGUCGUGUCACCCCUCCUCCCUCUGUGCAGUAGUGUUAAACACUAAGUAUUUAUUUUUUAAACAAAAAAAAACAUGCCUUUAAUAUCCGCUCUUCUAUUUUCACAACAAAGCAAGCAAUUUCCACGUGCUUAGCAUUUAAUGGAAGCUGUUUGUGUUUGAAAUAGUACAGCAUUUAAAACUUCUUUUAUUUUGUAUUAUAAACGCCAAAUUUUCGAAAAAAUAUACAUUUGCUAAAAUUCCA